GGCUGCCACCGUCGGAACAACGGUCAUAUUACCGACCGUUGUACUGCCACAAAUUCGUCCCAUUCCAACCCUUUAAAGCUCCACCCUCUUCGCCUCCCCUCCCCAUCCAUCGUCUCCUUCUCCUCGAUCCGCAAGAAACCCAUGGAGACGCCGCUGUCCACCAGGAGGAUCACCCGCUCGCUCGCCGCCCCAUCCGCACAGAAGAGCGCCGCCGCCCACUUCUCCCGGGCAAAGAACCCCGCCGCCCUGCACGACAUCACCAACGACUCCCCCAUCGUCGGCCUCCACGACAAGACCCCAGCCUCCACCGCAGCCAAGAACCGCCGCAGGGCAGGGGCAGCCCCCCGCCGCACACCCGGCUCCGGCGAGGCGCUCCUGCGCGGCCAGGUCAAGGCCCUCCUUCACAAGCUCCAGGAGGAGGAGCAGGGCUGUGCCGCCGCAGCUAUCGUCAGGCCCGCGUGCAUCCAGGCCCUGCUCGGCGUCUCCAGGUCGCCGGCCCAGCUUCUCUCGCCCACGCCGGCCAACACGCCGCAGAUCGGGCCCGUCUCCGCAGUCAGGGAAGGCCUCCUGAUGCCCGAUGGAUCGACGCUGAUGCCCUGCGUCCUCGAGAACGAGGAAUCGCUGCUUCCUAAGCUGCAGGUCAUUGCAGCUUCACUGCCGGUGCCGCCGCCUGAAGACAAUCUCGGCGAGUGCCAGCUGAACCAUGCGCUGGUGUUCGACGAGUCCCCUGGGAAAUCCGAUGCGUCCAAUGGGUCGGCCGUCUCGUCAUCCCUCUCGCUCCAGGACAGCAUCAGCGGUAGCUACAUGGACAAGUCAUCAUCGCCUGAGGACGACAGCUCCUCGGCGUGGUCCAUUCAGGUCCAUGCCAGCUCGGAGAAGGGUGACGAAGAGGACCUCGCCGUGGAGGAAUUGGGAGAGCACACUGAAGAGGACGAGGAGGAACUGGGAGAGCACACCGAGGAGGAGGAGGAGCGGUGGGAAGACAGUGAUGAUGACUGCUUCGAUGAUCUGUGCGAGGACAUGAGCAGGAUGACUGUGUUUGAUGACGAGGAGAAUGCUGGGCUGCCGCAGUUCGAGGGGUGGCACACCCGGUUCAUCUACAACAGCGACGACGAGAUCGAGAGGGAGGAGGUGGUGGAUGCAGCUGAGGCCAGGGCGGAGCUUGGAGCCUUGGUGCUCAGGGGCCUGCCAGUGCCGGAGGGGAGGCAUCUGCGCUUCAACGAGGAGGACGAGGAAUAAGCGAAUCACUCCCUGACCAGCUGCAAUGGUUGUCACCCCCUGACACUAUCCGAAAGCAAAUUAAAAGAUCAUCAUGAGAUCUUAUUCAGCUGAAGAGAAAACAAAGAGAGUGGACACUAUAGAAUAGUGUAGAAUUUGCUUCCACAACAAGUGGCACAUUGUCUCUCCUACAAAUUCAAUUCUUCUGAAUUAAACAUAUUUCAGGCUACUGAACAGUAUGCUGUGGUAUUCUCUGGUA